CAAAGAGGAACACGGUAAACAAUACCGCGAACUGCCCGUGUUUUCUUAACAAAUUUGUAUUAAGUGUUCAAGUACAUUCCGAUGUGUUUUAUGGUAGUUUGUGUUUCUACAUUAUUUUAGACCAGCCAUAUUAUUUUUCAUCAUUUUUUGCCAGCGUUAAAAUGUCUUUAUUCAGCAUACAGGCGAAAAAGCACACAGCUUACUACGACCGUCUAAUGUCGACAACCAGGACCCCAACCAGAGUGUGUUUUCCCGAGGGAAAAUCAGUCAAAACUCCGGCAAAGGCUGAGCCCGGGGACAGCGAUAAAAGCAGCACCUUAAACCGGACUUAUGUAAUUUCUGCACUGUCAAAAAGCAGACAGACAGCCCACCGAGGCCGACUCACUCUUCAAAGGAGGUCACGGCAAAAGACCGGAGCUGACAGUUCGGAUGACACGAUGGUGGACCACAGCCAAAAUAAUGUCACAACAGCUGAAGAGAAGAGAAUGACCCUUCAACGCAGGACUAAGACGCCUUCAAUGGAUAAAAGUGACCAGGUACCAAGUACGGUCAGCAGAGCGUGCACCAGAGAAACAACUAAAAUACUCCAGGAAUCCAACGGUAGAACUCCCACUUUAUACCGCUCCGUUAGCGCGAGAGAGGCCGCAAAUAAAGGACAAGAAGCCACAAAUAACUUGGGCAAUCAAGGGAAGCUGGCACAAAAUAAAACCCCGUCUUCAUCAUCCCAUUUGCCAUCUUCUUCCACAAGUAUGCCGUCCGAUGAGACGUUCAAAACCCCUACUAAAAAGACACCAUUUGUGAAAAUUGCCGCUCGGAGAGACGUCUUCGAGAAACUGACCGUAAAAGAAACUCCCAAAUUGGUCAAAUCGGCAAGUUUAGAUCGGUCCAAAUCAAGAAUGAGCAAGCAAGCAGAGUACAGCAGACCAGUUCCCGUUCCACGAACAAGUAAAGCUGGUAUUUUAAAAGCCACAACACCUUCUCAGGUGAGGGCAGCUCCUGCGGUCUCUUGCCUGAAGCCAGAGAACACCAGAACGUCAGCGACCACAUCCGCUCGAACGCCUAAACCGUCCUUACCUGGUCCCAGUGAAGCCUCCAAGACACAAGACUCUCUAAAGAUGGAGAACAGUGCAGUGACUGUAGCAGUCCGAGUUCGUCCUUUUAAUGCCAGGGAGAAGGCAGAAAAGGCUGCACAGGUGAUAUUUAUGAGUGGCCAGGAGACCGUUGUGCAGUAUCCAGACUCCAAACAGAGUUAUUCCUUCACUUAUGACUUUUCCCUGUACUCUGUGGAUUCAAGUGAGCACUCAUUUGCCAGCCAGCAGAUGGUGUAUGAGACUGUUGCGCAGCCUCUGCUACUUCGCGCUUUCGAUGGAUUUAACACCUGCCUGUUUGCUUAUGGCCAAACUGGCUCUGGAAAAUCAUAUACAAUGAUGGGCUUUGGAGAGGAGGCUGGUGUCAUCCCUCGCUUCUGCCAGGAACUUUUUGUAAGGUUGUCCUCCAUGGAAACUGAACAGGUAAAAUGUCAUGUCGAGAUGAGCUAUUUGGAAGUCUACAAUGAGAAGAUCCACGACCUUCUGGUGACCAGAGAUGACCCAAACCAGAGGCGAAUGCCUUUGCGGGUGAGGGAGCAUCCAAUUCAUGGACCCUAUGUUGAGGACCUAUCUGUGAACGUUGUGGGAUCUUUCAACGACAUUCAGGGAUGGCUUGAACUGGGAAACAAGCAAAGAGCAACAGCUGCUACUGGGAUGAAUGAUAAAAGCUCCAGGUCUCAUUCAGUCUUCACCCUUGUUAUGACUCAGACUAAGACAGAGUUGGUGGAGGGAGAAGAGCAUGACCACAACAUCACCAGUAAGAUCAACCUGGUAGACUUGGCAGGCAGCGAGCGUUCUAACUCUGCACAGACAAGCGGGGAUAGACUCCGGGAGGGUGCUAGCAUAAAUAAAUCUCUGCUGACACUUGGAAAAGUCAUCUCUGCACUGGCUGAUCAAGCAUUGACUAAAAAGAAGAUAUUCAUACCCUAUAGAGAGUCUGUCCUCACAUGGCUUUUAAAGGAGAGUCUUGGUGGCAACUCAAAGACAGCCAUGAUUGCCACUCUGAGCCCAGCUGCAAGCAAUGUGGAUGAAAGCUUAAGCACACUGCGCUAUGCCCAACAGGCCCGGACAAUCAUAAAUGUGGCCAAGGUCAAUGAGGACACGAAUGCAAAGCUCAUCCGAGAGUUGAAGGCAGAGGUAGAGAAGCUGCGUGCGGCCCAAGCGAGCACCCGUGGUAUCGAACCAGAGCGGGUCAAGCUUUUCCAGCAGGAGAUCACAGCACUGAAGAGCAAACUCUGCCAGCAAGAGAGAGCAAUGGUGGAGGCCAACAGGGAAUGGCGGGAAAAGCUUGAGCAGGCUGAAAUACGGAAACGCGAAGAAACAAAGGAGUUGCAGAAAUCCGGUGUAACUUUUAAAGUGGAUAACCGUCUCCCCAAUCUGGUUAACCUGAAUGAGGACCCUCAGCUGUCUGAAAUGCUUCUUUACAUGAUCAAAGAGGGUCAGACCACAGUUGGCAAACUUAAAUCUGAUAGCACCCACGACAUCCAGCUGACCGGGGCCCUCAUUGCUGACCAGCACUGUAUUAUAACCAACACCCAUGGUACUGUAAGCGUCACGCCAAUAGAUAAUGCCAAAACCUUUGUGAAUGGGAACUUAAUAUCAGACGCCACUGUUCUACACCAUGGGGACAGGAUUAUUCUUGGUGGAGACCAUUACUUGCGUUUCAACCAUCCAGCAGAGGUGCAAAGUGGAAAGCGGGUAUCAUGUUGGACAGGUGCUCGUGAAGGCCAUAAAGACUUUGAAUUUGCCAAAAAUGAGUUGCUUGCAGCUCAGAGAGCUAAGCUCGAGGCAGAAAUAGAAGAGGCCCAAGUGAAAGCAAAAAAAGAGAUGAUGCAGGGAAUCCAGAUGGCCAAAGAAGUUGCCCAAAAAGAGCUGUCUGACCAGAAGGCACUUUAUGAAGACAAGAUCCGGGUGAUGGAACAAGUGCUGAAUGAGGAAAAUGAGCGUAAGCGUCUCCAGGAGCUCGACCAGCGAAGGGUAGCCAGCCAGAUGGAAGAAUUAAAGGUGGCCAAUAUGGAGUUGGAGCAGGAGGUGGACUCUCAGAAAAAACGCCUCCGUCUCCACAUGGAGGCCCAGGUGAUUAAGGAACACCAUGUGUCUCAAGCGAAGAUUGUUGAGGCAUUGGAAGUUGAGAAGGACAAGCUAAGCAAAGAGCUUGAAGAUAUGCAGAAGAAACGUGCUAUGAGGUUGAAUAACACUACAAGAAAUGUCUCUCCACACUGGGAUGCUAUGAAACUCUCCCUGAUGGUUGAAGAGGCCAAUAAAAUUAGUGCUAACUUGAAGAAAAACACCGUAUUCAGCAGACAUGAGAGCUCUGUCGAUGGGUACCCAGGCCAAGGGGAUGUGUUGCAAGUCCGGGUCCAAAACACAAAGCUUGGAAUCUCGACUUUCUGGAGCCUGGAGAAGUUUCAAAACAACAUGGCUGCAAUGAGAGAAAUGGAACAGGAAGAUCUUGCUUCUAAAGAUGAUGUGUUCUAUGCCCCUGAUGACGAGUGGGAGCAAGAUAUAACGACGUCUUCUGGUUCAUCUUCCACUUUUUCACGUCGAAGGAGCAGGAGUUUAUUAAAGGGCAAAAGACUCUCAGGGCGUCUCUAUGAGAUUCGUGUCCAUCCCAUUCAGAGCCUCCUAAAGGGCUCGACGCUCUCUGAUGGGUUAAUGGGUGUCGCCACACCGCCCACCACAACUUCCAGCACAACAGACUCUGCAAUGCCUGGUGUCUGCAAGAGGCUGAUAGGCCAAUCAGUGGCCCGUUUACGUGGCUUUGGAGGCAAUGAAGAAAGCUUGGCUGAUCGGUUGGCCUCAGAUUUACAUAGUGUAUAUGAAGCUAUCCAGACCAUAUCAGAUCUGUAUGACAGUUUAGACGAUGACAGCCAAGAGAAUGUGUUUGAGUGUAACUUGUUGGCUCAGACUCAGCUUAUCAAGGCCACUGCAGCUAUAGAGAGUGCAGUGUUUGUCAUCACACACUGGUUGGCCAGCGUGAAAGCCUCCUCUGGCACACCCUACACUCUUACUGAAGAACUCAAGAGCCAAGUCAAAAAGAUGGGAGGAUUCCUGCAGCUGCUCAUUCAAGGUUGUGAAUCUGAGAUCACGUCAAUGGUGGCAGAAGCACAAAAGAAGAGUGGGCAGUGCCUGGGUGCAGCGUUGCUUGCACUUUGCCAUCUGUCGGCAUUGUCAGGCAUGCCGUUAAGUGUUAUGGAGCUGGGUAUACAGGCCACAGGCAAGGUAUCGUUUGUUGCAGAUCUGUUAAAAGGCACGGAUAAAGGUGUCCACUCCAUCCUUGCAGAAAGCCUUAUCACGACCAGAGAAAUAUUGAGAGAAGCUCAGCUGGCUCAUCCGAGUGACCCCGAGCUGCAGUGUUUGAAGACCAAGAUGCUUGAUCUGGCCUUUUCAAUGCAGAAGUACAUUCACUGUUGCAUCACGGAGCUUGAAAAUGACCAGGAGAUUGUGGAGGAAAGAGAUGAGGAGGCUUUAGCUUCCAGAUUGCAGACUUUAAGAACUACAGCAGCCACAUUGUUCAAGUUGAACCAAGCCAUCAGGCAGUUGCAGUGCUCUUUGUCUAAAGCCAUGAAAGGUAAAAACGGACAUUCUAAGUUCAGCACCUGUAGAGAGCUCAUCUCUUCUUCGGCCAAAACUGUUGAUGAGGUUAUCAGUGGUCUUUCGAAGGGAGCAGUUGGACUUUCUCUAUAUCCUCCUCCUGGCCAGACUCAGAUGGCUGAACAAGAUAAGCUGCACUGUGCCUUGUGGUCUCUGACUUUGCCCUGGGAUCAGCAAGAAGCUUUUGAGAGGAGGGGCACAGCCACAUCACUAGAAAGCAAAGAUGAACCAAGAGAAAGGGGCAUGUCUCAAUGUGCUGAUAGAAGUCGGGGCAAUAAUACAUUUAUAUAUUCCUUACCUGCGGGUGUUACGUCCAAUGGUUGCCCACGCUGGGUGUAAUAGCAAUGCGAGAAAGAAAAUCAAGCUUGUUGUCAUAUAAUACUGUUUCAGUUGUAUUUUAAUAGCAUAGCAUAAUAAACUUGGCACAAGAUGCUAGUGUCACUGU